CCUCUCUUACCAGGUAAAAACAGACAAUUUUAAACUCCUUUUUUAUUUUCAUCGUAGUGUCUGGUUUUGUCCUACGGAUGUAAAUGUUGCAAUUGAUGACGUCAGAGAACAAGGCGUGUCCUUUAAAGUGACAGCUGUACUACCAACACCGCUGAACGGAAUGGUUCCUCUUCAAACAAUGCUGGAAGUUUUUGAAAUGAGCAAGAAAGAUCUUGAAAACACAACACAAGCAAAUAUCACCUGGAUACCAGUUUAUGGUUUCACUACUCCAUGCAGCAGUUGCAAAGGCCCCGGUCGGCUCACUCAUACCUCGUCGCGAGAGAGCACAAGUCCACUGCCCUAUAUUUUCGGAAUUGCAGGCGCAGGAUUGAUACUUGUCGUGGUACUUCUAGUCUUGCGGGAAAAACUCAAUAGGAACAGAUCUAGAGUUCAUCCGUGUGUUGAGGAUGAGAUGCUGCCUUCGCGAGCUGACGAAUGCCAGUCUGACACCAUUGUCCUCCUGUCUCAAACUAAGGGGAAAUAUUUGUGCAAGGUAAUGCAUCUUACUAAUGUAGUUACAAAGUCAGCUUUACAAGCUUCCAGAGGCUUUGUUCGUCGUGCGUUUUUUGAAUGGUAGUCAGCAAAAGCAGAAACCUCUUGAAACGCCUUUAAAGCAGAUUUUUGAUAAAAAAAGGGUCUUAUUUCUUAAAAUAUAAAGCGGUGUUAUAAAGUUUCAAAGAUUAGCUUCCUACUUGCGCAGAAUGUACCUUGAUCAUGUG